AUGGGGGAAGCGCAAUCUAAGGAGAAUAUACUGGACGAGCUCCUGAAAGAGCUCAAGGGAGUCUACGCUGACGAGGUUAGCGAGUAUCAAAGAUGCUUGGAUACCGUCGCAGAUGACUUGGGCCACGUCCUAGCCCAGGAGGCUAUCCGCCAUCUCCCCGUAGCCCAUCGAGUCAAGAGCUGGAACUCGAUUGAGGGUACUGCGCAACGCCGGCAGAAAGACCGUCUGGCCGCCCAAAUGAUUCAGCAGAAGAUGAUAGAGCUCAAGGAGAACUGGGAGCAUCAUUUCGAGAAAUACAAGAUGAGCAAGACCAAGCUCGGAUAUUUUAAAGACCGGGACGAGCUCCAGCGCGAGUUUCACGACAUGCUCGGCGCGCGGAUCGUGCUCUAUUUCCCGAGCGACACAAAGAAGGUGCUCAAGCUUGUGGAAGCUGCAGGCUACAAGAACGUCAAGCAGCCGAAGCGGAUGGGGGGUCUGGCGGAUGUCAGGAGGCUGCGGAAGCUUGCGGCGAAAUGGCUGGAUGCUUCGGCGUCCAAGGCCCCGGCCGAUGACCUCGAUCUCGAGGGCUUGGAGCAGCAAUUCUCGGGCUACGGUGCUAUACACCUUGCUGUCAAGGUACCCGAGCGGCUACGUCCGCGAGAUCUGGGGCCUGAAGCAACGGCGAUCUGGGAUAGGACCAUUGUGGAAUUCCAGAUCGGCACCGUCAUCAUGCACGCCUGGGCCGAAGUCGAGCACGACAUCACCUACAAGACCCACGGUCGUGAGGUGCCGCAGGACGAGAAGGCGGUUCUGGACAUCCUCAACGGCCUCGCCCUUGCCAGCGAGGUCGGGCUACGCCGCUUUCGAUCGUCGCCGCAAUCGCCUUCGCCGCCCGUCGAGUCCGCCGAGGAGCUGCAUAGUUGGCUGCAUCAGCUCUAUAUCGACAAAGACCGAAGCACACCGGCCGAGUGGGUUGAUCUAGACAAGCUCUGGGACUUUCUGGUUCGGCACAAACAGAAUCGACGAGACACAUUCCGGCACCUUGCCGAGGUCGGCUGGGGGCAUCUCGUGAGACACGAGCGUAAAGAAGGCUUCGAGCUCGACCACGUCCUCCCCUUCAUCAUCAUGCACCAUCACCCGCCACCCAAGGCCGUUGAAGAAGGCCGUCGUCUCAAGGCGAUGAAGGAACUCGACCAGACGCGGGCGGCGUCACGCCCGCCGGAUGUGGAAGCCAAGAACAAAUCCCAGCUGGUCGUGGCAAAUAUCUCAUCCCUGAUCCACAGAGUCAGCGAGAGAGAUCUAGCAAAAAUCGAGAGGCUGGUCAAACGAUGA